GCAUGGCACCUCGCAGAAUUCCUGAGCAGUCAUGAGCAAGCAUUAAAUCUUACUACAAGUCAGUGUUUAUUGCUGUCGUGUGGAGAAGAGAUUUUUUCACAGUAUGACAACUCAUAAUAAUGCCAAUUUGUGAAAGAUUUGGAUGCAAAGAUUGACUUGGCCGUCUGUGGCUCCUGGGGGGCCCCUAGUGGAUCGUCCUCGGAAACAAAAAGGAAGCUCGCGGCUAUUGGCUGGCUACAUAUCGCAGGGCAGCAACAGCCGGUGCGCCUCCAGAGAGAAGAACUUGUUUGCGGCGGAAUCACGUGUGCCGCUCGGGUUAAAAUCAAAGAAAAUGUCCAUUAUUUGACACAUUAUAAAUCGACGAUCUGAACUUUAUCCGGACAUGAAGGACUUUUGUCUGCGGGACUGAUUUAUUUAUUUAUUUUUAAUGUAAAGACCGGAAAACAAUAAAGAAGGAAAAACAGAAGCGAAGUGAGUGGAGCGAUGAUGAACUCAGGUAUGCAUAAGCCACCUGUGGCCCCUAAACCAAAGCUGCCUUACUGCGGAAGUCCACGGCAAUCUCCUUUGAUCCCCAGAAAAGGUGGCCUCUCACAACCAUCUCCUGGCACACAGAGGAAGGUGAAACCGGCGCUAGCUCCCAAACCCUGCCCCUCUAAAUUCAACGUUCACGUGGAAGAGAGGCAACCCGUCUGGACGAGCCCACGUCAGACAUCUGUGUCAGAUACGCCCCAGACUGUAGGUCGUCUUGGCUCCCAAAAUGGACUGCAGCACGAGAGCAAAAAGCCUGACUGGGAUUAUGUUGUUCCUAUUUGUCUGUGCAGCAGUGACAACUGCACGUGCGUCAAAAACAGGCCAACGAGCAGAGAAAAGCUCGAGAUAGAUUUAAAAGCACCGCAAAAGGGCAAAAGCGAGGAAAACAGAAAAACUGUUGUGAAUUCUCAUGGCACCUGCAAUCAUAGCAGAGAGAAAACAGACAAUGAACACUGCAGAGAGACGAAUGCUUCUCCCACCCAUACUCACUAUCAGUCUGUUCAAGACGCACAUGCUAUUUACCAAAAUGUCACUGUAGACACUAACAUUUCCCGUCCUAAGGUGGCUUUUCGGCCAACUUCUCCUCACAGAACUCGGGGCAAUGAGGCAAAUGAUGAAAUUCUUGACAGUGUACCUGGACGAGUACCAGAGGAAGAUGCUCUCAGUGUGCCACGACCCAAAGUAAACCCAGCUCCCCUUAGGAAGCCAAGCCCUAUCCCUGUACUACGGAAACCCAAGCAAGCCUUUCAGGACCAUCAGGAAAAGGUGGAGAACGAGAGGGAAGAGUCUGUAAGCCAAGAUUUCAGAGAAAUAAACACCAAAAACGUGGCGGCGUCACCAGACAGGAAGGGCACGUCGUCGCUGUCUGUCAGUGCACCUGAAAGUGAGAAGAAGCUGCCAGUUUUUCCGUCAGUGAAAACUUGGCCCCCUCCAGCUCCUCCUCCCAAGAAAAAACCUUUUCUGUCUGAGCUUGAAAAAGUACUGAGCUCGGCUCCUCAGGCAAUUGCAAAGGACGUAAAAGGGGAACAUCUCGAUUGGGCCCGCGGCACUCAUGAGAUGGAUUUUUCUGCUGAAAAGGAUAAUAAAAAGAUUCAGAGAGAAAGAAAGGCUGAUGAGGAGGAAGCUCGUGGCAUUUUGCACAGCCAGCCGGCCCUCAGCCAGCCUGUUGCCACAGCGGAGAAAAUUGGGAUGGGUAAAGUACCUCCAAAGAAGCCCCAGAGAAAAAAGAUGCUGAAUCAGAAUAAGGGAUCCUCUGAGGAGAGAGCAGCGAGGGAGUUUGAAGGACACGGGAAAAAGAAGGAACUUCCUCUGCCUUCCACUGACAAAUCAAGCGGUAACCAUCCAGCAGCUGAAGUCAAAAGGCAAUCUCGCUCCAGUCUGAGCAAAGCCAAGUCCUUCUCCGGUGCUGAUAUCAUUCACUCUAAAAAAGUACAGAAGUCAAAUUCUUUCCGGAAAUUGCCUUUGAAAUUAUCAACAACUAGGUUACCCAGACAGACGGAAAAAGAAGACCAGUUCACAGACUUCACUCUCGAUGAUAAUGAACUAAGUGUUGACAACGACGAAGACCUAGGGCAGAACUAUCCCGAACGUAAAUUCUCCGCUCCAUUUACUGAGUUCGAGCAAAAUGUGGACGGAGAAGAUGAAGGAGAAGUUGUCCCAUUUGAGGACAGCCCUGUGUAUGAGGAGAUAUUAGACUACGGCAAUGUGGGAAAUUCAGGGCCAUAUCCUCAGGACCCCUACUCGCAGCCUAAACCAUGGCAGAGCUCAGUUUACGCUGAGCCACAGGGCUUAUACUUACACCCUGACCCCUCGGAGAGCUCGGUGUAUGAUAAUGAGGACAUUUAUGAGGUGCAGGAUCCAUAUAUGUCCCUGGAGAAAGACCACCAACAGACACCAGCACUCUUUGACAGAAGCUCCUUUGAAAAAGACAUUUUUCUCGAGGUGCCGUUGGAUGAUGACUUUAUCCACACAACCUCAGAAGACGAAGGCGAGAAUGACAGCAGCUCUGACUCAAGUAAAGGUGACCCUGAGCAGCCGGAGGAGAAAACGACGGCGAGUGAAAAGAAGAAAAACAAGAUAUUCAACAUUGCCCAAGAAAUUAUGACCUCUGAGAGUGUGUUCGUUGACGUCCUGAAGCUGCUUCAUGUUGACUUCCGUGAUGCAGUGUCUAAAGCCUCUCGCCAGAGUGGGAAGCCUGUGAUUGAGGACCGUCUUCUAAACCAGAUACUGUACUCCCUCCCACAACUCUACGAACUCAACCAAAACCUCCUCUCUGAACUGAGACAAAGAAUAGCCAAAUGGAACGAGAAUCCCCAGGUAGCAGACAUUUUCCUGAAACAGGGGCCCUAUCUGAAGAUGUACUCAACAUACAUUGGUGAGUUUGACAGGAAUGUGGCUCUUCUGGAUGAGCAGACUAAGAAGAAUCCAGCAUUUGGCGCAGUAGUACGGGAAUUUGAGGCUAGUCCACGCUGUGCCAGCUUGGCUCUGAAGCAUUACCUGUUAAAACCCGUACAGAGGAUUCCUCAGUAUCAGCUGCUACUCACAGAUUAUCUAAAAAACCUGCCUGAAGAUGCAGACGACUACAAAGACACAGAAGCUGCCCUUGCUAUAGUGAAAGAGGUGGCCAGUCAUGCAAAUGACUUCAUGAAACAAGGGGAUAUCUUCCAGAGCAUGAUCCGUGUCCAGUGCCGUCUGAUUGGCAACCAUGAGAUUGUCCAGCCUGGCCGGCUAUACCUUAAAGAGGGGAUCUUGAUGAAGCUGUCCAGGAAAGUCAUGCAGCCCAGAAUGUUCUUCCUGUUUAACGACAUGUUGCUGUACACCAAACCCGUUCAGUCAGGCCAGUUCAUGUUCAAAAACAUGCUGCCCCUCAGAGGCAUGAAGGUUAGCAAACCGAGUCAAGAGGCCUAUCAGAACGAGCUGAACAUCGUGAGCGUGGAGCGCUCUUUCAUUCUCUCUGCGAGCUCGGCCAAGGAACAGGACGAAUGGCUUGAAGCGAUUUCCACAGCGAUCAGUGAACACACCAAGAAGACGAGCAGCUUUGCCCCUGGCAAGUCCCAAGAUGUGGUGGAUGGCACUGAUGGUGGCGAUGGUGCUCCUUUGGGAUCCAAAGCCCCCAUAUGGAUCCCUGACAAGCGGGCCUCCAUGUGUAUGAUCUGCACCUCCAAGUUCACCCAAACAUGGAGGAGACAUCACUGCCGUGCGUGCGGAAAGAUUGCGUGCCAGGCUUGCUCCUCCAAUGAAUUCCCUCUCGAAUAUAAAAAGAACAAGUUAACUCGAGUGUGUGACCAGUGUUUCCAAGUUCUUCUGGAGCAGAAAGGCGAACAGACCCAGCCACUUGGAAAAAGAACUGCGUUUACUUUCCACAAAAAGCAGAAGUUGAUACCCGCAGCCCUCAAAGAGGUGACGGCCAACACAGACAACUCCUCUAUGAGUGGGUACCUGCAGGCGUCCAAAGUGGCUAAAAAGCACGGGAAGAGGUUAUGGUUCGUCAUUAAAGACAAGGUCCUGUACAAAUACGCAGCAAGUGAGGACGUGGCGGCUUUGGAGAGUCUGCCCCUUUUGGGAUUUGUUGUAAAAGCUGAUUCCUCACAGACGUCGCAGUUCAAACUCUACCACCAUAACAAAGUUUACUACAUUUUUAAAGCUGACAGCCCAGAGACUGCCCAAAAAUGGAUCAAGUCUUUCGAAGAGGCUGCUGUGCUUUAAUAUCUGUUGCGUGAAGCUGCUGGCUGUGCUUGCCUUGGCUGAAAAGUUUUUACCUCAGUGCUCCCAGAAAUCUGUAAAAAGCAUCUGGAGUCACCAGUUUUGUGCAUUUUGUUUUUAUUGAUUUCAUUGUAAUUACUGUAACUACUUUUUACAUCGUUUUUAGAGCUCUCUCGUGGAGAUGGGAUUUACCCAUUUUUAUUUUUGCACAGUCACAUGAAUCUUUUCCACAUGCAUUUAUAAUGUUUAGGUUUCAAUGUCAGUAAUCCAUUUUUAGACUUUAAUUUUGGGUUAUGCUUUUAAUGCAAUUGUCUAAUGUCAUGCUUGGAUUGCCAUAGCACAGAUCUGAUGAAAAAGAGAAUUAUCCAUUAAUUACUAUGGACACAGCUGCUGUCAUAACAUGUGAACACACGUCUAUCCAGCAGAUUCCUAAAUAAAUUAUGUAGCUAUUUCUUGUGGUUUGGGAAUGCUUUUUUUUUUUUUUUCACACUUCAUAAGUUAUCAUAGAGCACGUUCAGAACAAUGUUAGAGCAAUGUUCACUUCCUGCUUGGGUAAGAAAUGUUUACUUUAUAUUCUUAGACUGGAGUCUGCAAUCUAAAGUCUCAAUGAUGUACUGGCGGAGAAUUCACUGUUCAAACUGUCCCAUAAUGGACUUUGCACUUAAGUCAAUCAGAUGGCUUCACAUGAUUAUACCCUAAAUAUAUAUCUAUGUAAAUAGAGGUGAUUGUAAUUAGAUUGACAUGAAAUUAAUUUUUAUUGCUCAAAUUCUGUCAUUGUAAUAAAAUUUUAUUUUCGUGUGUU